UCCCCAAACUUCUAAAAAUCUCAAUUUUAAUAGUGUGCGUGCUUCUUUUUUAAUCCCCAAUUCCCUCCGAUUUGACCGGAUUUCUAAUUUCUCCACUAAAAGGCGAAUCUAAACUGGGUUAAAAUACAAUAUUUUUCCGGAUGAACCCAUAGAUGUCCCUUGAAUGGCGAAUAUCAUAUCGGCAAUGGAGAGCGCGCGAAUAAUUCAAAAAAAAAAACCUUCCACUUUCCAUUGAGUUUCCCUGAUCGGUUGCGCACCACCGAUGGAAUGAAACUCUUCGGCUGUUGGAAUUCGAGCUGCCAUGGCGCGUUUUGUGGCCACAAUUAAGGCGAUAUUUACGCGAGUUGUUUUUGCGGCCCACGGCUUUUUGGGUAUCUGGCAAGUGACGAUUUUCAAGAAAAACUCCUUUUACUGGUACCUGAGCUCGCCAAUUUUGCUGCUUUUCUUCGAGGGCAUUUUCACGUUGACCAUCAAGAAGAACCAGGAGUGGAAAUGGUUUUGUCCUUCAGUGUUUCUUUAUUUGGCCAGCAUUGUUCCGGCAAUUUGGCUCUUGGAAUUGGAUAAAGUGGAUAAACGGAUGAGAGCUAAAGGGCUGGAAUUGCCGAUGAACUUUACUGCGGAUGGACAACUUAAGGAUUUGCACAAUUUAAUUGGGGUUGGUAUUAAAUUGCCAGACAUUUCUCUGAGCACCGAAACCUGGAUAACUUUGAUCGAGCAAUUUCUGAUGUUGAUUCUGAUCAUUGGAAGAUGGAUGUUGCCUAAAGGCGACCUCACCAGGGAUCAAUUGAGCCAACUCCUGCUGGUUUACAUCGGAACAGCGGCUGACAUUAUCGAGUUUUUCGACUCGUUCAAAGACGAUAAAAUCGCUGGCGAACCCAUUUUGGUACUGUUAACUUUGGCCAUUUGGUCCUGGAGCCUGAUGCAGUUCACUGUGGUGCUGACAGCCACAAAGUCCAGAAAAUCCCGACUGACCUCUACCAKAKCCACAAUUAAAACGUCGGAGAGCUGUUGCACCAUCGAUGUGUGGGGCAUCGCCCUCAAUAUCACCCUUCAAGACGCCCCGUUCUUGGUCUUCCGCCUGCUGCUGAUCACCCACUUUAAAAUCAUCAGCUACAUGAACGUGUUCUUCACCUGCAAGAAUACGCUGGUGAUUCUGCUGCAGCUCUAUCGGCUCUAUGUGGUCCACAGCGAACACUCUAAGAAACAGGGCGACGUUGAGCUCUCCAACAUUUCCAUCAUCUCCAAAGGAGAUAUGUUUGGAGGGCGGAAAAGUGGCAGGAAGCGCAGCCUGGAGGGCAGCAGAAGGCAUCGGAGUCGGAAAGUUGCGGACUUUGAGGACAACGUGGAGGCAGCCGAUAGCGAGGAGAGCGCAAGAAGCAAAAAAAAGCCCAACAAAAGCUUGAGGAAGGACACGGGGUAUUCAACGGGCAGUUCUCGCACCAGCAUCAGGCACCCGAAGAAAUUACCCUCCAAAAAUCGGGACGAGGACGAAAGUCCCAGUAGAAGAAACAAGCAGAAGCUGAGACGCUCCGACAGAGAAACCAGAGGACAAAAGCGACUGGAGGCGCCUCUUUCAGAAGAAAGUGAAAGCGAAGAGUACAAACCGGCAAAGGAGAAGUUGAAGCCGAAGAGGAGAUACGAACGGCAGCCCACGAUGUCGCUCAACACCAGCGAUCCAUCAUCAGAAUGACGCCAUCAGUUGGCUAUAAUGGCGAUCUUCUGCUUGUAUCUCUUCAUCUUCAUCUGUUGCCUGUUCUUUAUAUACUGCGGCGUCGCUUCGGAGGGUCUCAUUAUAGCCAAGGUGAACAAAACCAAUAAAACCAUUGUUUAGCUGCUUCAAAGUCCUCAAAACCACAUGUUGAAGUAAAUAAAAACUAUACGUUAAAUUAGGAAUAAAACUCGGUUACUGAAA